UACAACCUGGUCAAAGAAGAAGCAAACCUGCAGACGCAACUGCCAACCCAAGCUCACCUUUGCUGGCUUCUUGCUUCCUUGUUGGCUUUGUAUUCCUGGCUUACCGCUACGCAUUGCUUUUGCUGAAGCAACUGACGCACCACAAUGUCGUGGUUUGAUUCGCUGGCAUCCAGCGUGUCAAAGGUGAUCAACGACGUCCAGUCAGACAUCGGACAAUUCGUGGACACCAUCCAGUCCGACACAAAACGGACUGUUGAAGCCAUGGUCGCUGGAGAAGACACGUCAAAGGCAGCGUCGCCGCUCAGGAAACGCUAUCUCACAGACCCUUCAGACCCAGAGUUUGCUGCAUGGCUGGACCGAUUUGAUGUGCAUGCGCAAUCCGCGACCAUCACGCAGAUCCUCAGCAGCGACGAGGGCAUCCGCAAGCUCCACACAGAGCUGAUCCCGACCCACACCACGUACCGCCUCUUCUGGGCCCGCCACUUCUUCCAAACACACGCGUCCCAGGCGCAGCAGGCAAAACGGUCUGAGUUGGUGAAGCGCAUGCAGGCCUCUGUCAAACACGACGCAGACAGCGAUGACGACUUCUCAGACUGGGGUGCUGAGAGCGAUGGUGGUGAUGACGAUGAUGACCAAGAUGCCGCAAUGCCUGAACGACGCGACAUCACGCCAACACGGACGACAACAUCGGAUGGUGGCACCGAUGUGACAACGACGGCAGCAUCACAACAACAACAACAACAACAACAACAACAACAACAACAACAACAACAACAACAACACCCGAAGAGCACGGUGGAUGGUGGCGAUCAGAGCAAAGCCGCUGACGAGAGCACCGCUGACGGAACGACAAUCACGGACACGGCGGCUGUGACGGAUAAGAAUGAGGAGGGUACGUAUACGGGUGUGGAUACAGGUGUGGUAGACGCGGCUGUGACGGCGCUGGUGAAUGCAACAGCAGCCAGCGGCCUGGCCAAGGCGGUGGAGGAGGAGGAGCAGGAGCAGGAGGGGAAAGAAGAGGAGGAAAAGGAAAAGGAAGAGAUUGAGGAGGACGAUGAUGAAGAAGAGCAGGAUGAGCAGGAGGGAGAGGGGGAGGAAGCGAACGAACAACCACAACCACAACCACAACCACGCAGCCACCAACAGCCUCAGCAAUCCCAAGGCGAUGACGACCAACAACAGGAACCACAACAGGAACCCUCGCAGCCGCAAGCACCGGGCACUGCUCCCCAGAGCAUGUUUGAUUGGGACGAUGACCUUGAUGAUCUUGAUGACGACGAUGAUGAGCUGGCCACCAUUGGUGGGCCCGUCGUAGAUGCUGCUGCUGUUGGCGGCGACGACGACGAAGAUGACUGGGGCGAAUGGUGAUGCCCUCACUUGCAACACACGCUUUUUGCUCUUUGAGAAGCACGCGUGUGUGUGUGUGUGUGUGUGUGUGUGUGUAUGUGUGUGUGUGUGUGCGUAUGUCCGCCAUACCCUUGUUCCCCGUGCUGCUAAUUGUUGCCCUUAUUCUCGACGCUGUGGCGUUUAUUGGUUCCAAGUAACUGACAACUUUCACUGUAUGAUGGCGUGCGUGCGUGUCCUCGUGCCAAUAUUAAACCCGCACAACCAAAA